AUGCCGCCGCUCGUGUCCACUGCCGCGUCUGCACGUACAGCCGGUUCAACUGGUCUUGUUCUCUUCUUGAUUGAUUGCAGCCGCGACAAAAAACACGGCUCUCGUCAGACCAUCAAAACCGGCAACCCACCCGAGUCGAGACGGACGACAACUCAGAGCUCCCGCAUCCCGCAAGCAAGCAAACAAACUCAAACAAAAAUAGCCACCCAGGGCCGAGCCGACAGGAUGGGCAUCAGGAGCAUGUUCCGCCGAGGGGACGGCGAGAGCAAGAAUGAGAAGAAGCUCAAGUACGACACCAUCUGGGCUCGAGAAUAUCUUUUGGAUCCCUUGAAUGCGCCUGAGCCCAGCCAAGAAACAGGCCUGGGCACAUCGCACAUCAACCCCUACAUCGCUGCAGCCAGGGAGAGGGUGGCCGAGGCCGAGGCCCAGGCCAUCAUCAAGGAAACCCGCCGACACGUCGAGUUGCAAAAGCAGGCCACCUCGCCUCGCCGUCCCCAGCAUCGAUAUCCCACCCCUCCACCUUCGGCCAGUCCCACUCGUUGCAGCUGCCACCAAGACCUCGACGGCGACUUCGGCCACGACUUGGACCCGUUUGCGACGUCAUACUUCCCAUGCCAUUUCAACCUGCGUCGACGGCCUUCCACCGACUCUGACUCCGACUCUACUUCUACCCCUGCCUCGACACCUCGGAUCGUCAACCUUCGCAAGAGCAUCGCCAGCGCCGGCCACGUCAUCCGCGCCGAACACAACAACCACCACCACAGCCGCCGCACUCACUCUUUCUACGAACCUCCUCCAUCUCCAUCCCGCCGCAGCCACGUCGGCCUUACCGUCGAUACCUUACCAUCGAUCCCGAGGGGCUGUGACUCCCACUCCCGCUCCCACUCCCGCCCCGUGUAUCCGCCCACCCAGCUUGACAGUGCCCUGGACAAGGCCCGUCGAAUCUGCCAAGACACCAGCAAUUAUCCUGACCCUUACAGUCAACCUCGCCGAAAAAUCCGCCCUCGCGAGCGAUUUCCUGGAGACAUGUCCCACCGACCGCUCGACAUGCUCAAGCUCGAGGCAAGGGCCGCCGAUCGGCCUCGUCGCCAUCGCAAGCGCAUUUCAGACACGGACACAAUUGACGCCCUCGACACAAUUGGUGGCGCCUACCAUCAUGGCGGUCCCUACGACGCAACUCUGAUCAGUCGCAAUCUGAACAAGAAGUAUUCCCCCGUCGCGGCCGUGCGAGAGUCCAACAUGGAGGCCAUCCGCGCGACACCCCGCGAGAACAUCAUGGAUUCGUUGAUAAAACACGUUCCCCUUCAAGGCGUUGCUUCCAUUCCCAGCGGUGCGCGCGACUCCAGUGGUCGACUAAUGCGCUAUCGGGAAGGCGCCGACUUGAUGAGGGAGCCUGAUGCCGAGGGCGGCGCGUACAAGCGAUGGGACGGCCUCCAAUACCACCCGGACGAUCUCAAGGGAAAGGGCGAACCGUCCUUCACGCUGGAGCGCGACCUGAAGAGAGGAAAGCGUCAUAGGCAACACUUGAGCGAGGCUGAUGCCUUCGAGAUGCGACCCAGCGCCCGCGUCUUCUCCAGGCAAGCGGGAGGCCACUCCCGGAGCGUCAGCCAUAACGGCGAGGGCUCAUCAAGCGGCGUCACCUUCUCCGACAACGCAGACGGGGUGUUGCGCCGAACCUACUCCUCCGGCAAAAAGUUUGGCGAGGGACUCAAGCGGCGCUUUGGCGGCCUACAUCGGAAGGAGGAGAUGCCGUCUGUGACAAUGUCCUAG